CUUCCCACUCGAUCGGCGGCGACUGAACAUUCAGCUUGACGGGGGCGAGGGACAAGCUACUUGCAAGCAGCACUACGCACAAAGAGAGAGUGCAAGGAAGGACCUGCAGCCAUGGGAGUCAAACUGUACUACACCACCGUUACUGCUUCGAGGACGGUGAAGUCUCAGCAGGCAGAAGUGAUUCGAAUCCUGGAAAGUAAGAGCAUCCAGUACGAGCUCGUUGACAUCUCAGUGGGCGUGGAGCUCCGGGACGAGAUGAGAAGCAAAGCGGGGGACCCCGCGGCGGUCCCUCCCCAGCUUUUCAAUGAAGACCAGUACUGUGGGAACUAUGAAACGUUUUCCGAGGCGGUGGAAGCAGAUACGGUGGAACAGUUCCUGAAGCUGGCGUGAGCAGGGCUGAGCGGUGUUCUCCAUCUAAACCCCGUCUCCCCCCCACCCCCGCGCCCCGUCGGAGGCCCUUCAUCCAGUCUCUCUCUGCACCGCUGGCAGUGUCCACCCACUUUCAAUGCCAUAAUGAAGAAUGCCAAAUACACCGAAUCCAACUAAUCAGAAGACACACAUUCCCUCUACUUCACCAUUAGAUUCUAAAUCAGUCUUAAUCUUUUUCGUCAUUUUCUUUUUUACGUGUACUUUUCUGCUCUUUUUCGGACCUUUUUUUCCCCUCGUCUGACAGACUUGUGUUACUAAGUGCUCCUUGUCCACUUGGAAUCUGUGGGGUGUGUAAUCGUGCGGUAAUCCUGGCGACCAGUCUCGGCCUCGGCCACAUGAUCGCCGGAGAUUAAAUUAAUCCGCCGGGUGACAACACUCGGCCCGCAACCUUCCUGAUCCUCUGCGCACCAGACACCCCAUUGUCUGUCAGUCUUAACUAAUUUGUCGUCUGUUUUCUGCAGCCUUCGAGUUCCCAUGCUGUACAUGACGUUAUUUGUACUUUACAUGGAUGCAAACGCGCACGCAAGUAGCAAGGAACGCAACGUUCUCAAACUCAAUCAUUAGGAGUUACAGCAGCUCAAAGACAGCGUUUAGGCACAGGCAACUUUUAGUAAUUUUGGUCCAUUGGUCUCUUCAUACGUUACAUACAUGUAAUAAGAGGUUUGGUUCUGAAAUUGGACGCCACCAGGGCUAGUCUGUGACAGAUUUAAAGGUGCAAUCAUUUUUCUGUGAACCAAAAAAAGUUCAGUGUCGGUCACCAUUUAUCCUUAAAGCCUAACUGAUGCGUCCUCUUAAUUUCCUUCCUCAUGAAUGUUUGCAAAGGCAGUUUGUAACAGUAUUGAUAUCUGGAGGAUGUUUACAUACGUGUUUGCUAGCUUACUGUCGUCGUCCACGUUGCGCCCCACUGCCACCCUCUAAUGAUCGAUGACUGUUGCAUAUCAUAAAUUAGCACAUUUCAAACACAACAAGGGACCUCUUGUAAAAACGUUGCUCUAUAGCACCUCUAGUGGUCAAAAAGUCAACAGGGUACCUUUAAACGAAGGAGGGAAAAUUAUGCUUAACUACGGGAACUAGAUUGACAUCUUAAUUUAAACUUGACCGUUAACUGCAGUAUUUUUUUUUUGAUCAUGCCAAAUGCUACUUAAGUCUUAAUGUGUACAGAUCAUGGCUUUAAUUUUCAACUAAUCAUUUUCAGAUAAUAGUCCACUGAGGUUAAACCCUAUGAGCUAUUUCAGAAGAGACAUGUUGCAUGGUACUAUUGAAAGUUACACAUGGUGGUCUAUGUAUAUGCCUGUAGCAGUAUUCUACAUGUCUUAAGUUAGUUACUUAAGUCUUAAAUGCAGAUAAGAAAUCAGAUAUCGUCGAACUGAUUGGUUAAAAUAACAGCGAACUAAAGAAGUAUGAAGAAAUUUACCCUACACAUUACCGAGUCUCUAAUGGGCCAAACUUAUUAACGAGUUGCUUAACAUAAUCAUUUGGUGGUUAAACAUUUCAGUAGACGACUGCACCCAGUCGAACCGGAUGAACACAUUUCUUAAUGUUACAUUUGGUGCCAAUUCAUAUCUGUAAUGCGCUUUUUGCUUGUGUUAGCACUUGCCUGGCAUCUUCAACAUUUCCCAUAAUUUUACUGUAUAACUUGAAAGCUUUGCUCCUGGGACUGGCGGGCGCUCCGUGAUGAUGAUGAAAAAAAGAUGCCAAACAUCUAGAGGGGAGCAUUUUUAUCAGGAGUGUUAAUGACUGGAUUGGUUAAGGUGCAAGUCUUUGAGCUUUCGGUAGCGUAGCUUCUCCUCACACUGUUCUUUUUUUUUUUAAUGUUACAGCUUCACUGAUUGUACUGGACAUGGAGAUGCAGUAAUGUGACUAUGCACUGAAAAUCUGCCUCAUUCUGAACACAAACAUAAAGGUGGAAGCUGUUCAUCACACAUGGGAAAACUGAAGGCUUCACUUAUUUGUGCUUUUUUUUUUAUGGAUUUGCAUUCAUUCCAUUGAUCUCAGUUAAUUUUCAUGUAUUAGUGUUUUGAUUUUGUUUGUUUUUUGUUUUUUAAGUGAGAACAGCACACAUUCCCUCUCUAACCUCUUCCAUCUGUCAACCCCCUCUGCUAUCAGAAUGGUAUUGUUACGGUUCGUUGUGUUAAUGACAGCCUUCACACACAAUGUUUGUGCACUGUUUUGUAAGUCGAUGGUUGUGGAUGUUUGCCUGUAAUUGAUGUUUAUUCACUAUGAAUCAUGGUUUAGACAUUCCAUGUCUCUCUCUCUGAGCUACUGCUUUGCUUUUGGACCAAUUCCCCUUGGCCAAAAAAAAGAUGAAUAUAGGGAAUAAAAUGCUGUUGUCUUCCAAGAAGAUUGUGAAAAGUGAUUUAUGGGUUAAAAAAAUAAAACUGAGUUGAAUCGA